GAGGACGAGCAGGAUGGACGUUCUGCGGCCCACCCUGAUAAGGAUCGAGGGGCGGGUGUACAGGAAGAAUGUCAUUCAAGAGCAGGCCUACCAGCAUGAAGAGGAGGAUGAUUUCUGUGCAGGCCCUGGUGACUGUGCAGAUGAGCCCUGUGAUGCCUUUGUGGUGGAAGAGACUGAGAAAGGCUUCCAGUGCAGAGUGGAGGUUCCCAGCCUGUUAUACAAGUACAUCAUCGGGAAGAAAGGGGAAACCAAGAAAAGACUAGAAACAGAGACUCGAACCUCCAUCAGCAUUCCCAAGCUUGGAGUGGAAGGAGAAAUUGUGAUUACUGGGCAGUAUCGCAGUGGUGUCAUCUCUGCCCGAACGCGGAUUGAUGUUCUCCUGGACAGCUUCCGUAAGAAGCAGCCCUUCACACACUUCCUGUCUUUGGCUCUCAACCAACCCACCAUCCAGGAGAAGUUCCUGCAGUUCAAGGAAGAGGUGCUGGAGAAAUGCUCAAAGGAUCACGGGGUCAGCAGCAGCCUGUUCCAGAACCCUUCUAAGCUUCACCUGACUCUUGGGACGCUGGUACUUCUGAACGAACAAGAGAUCCAGAAAGCAUGUGACCUCCUACAGCAAUGCAAAGAGGACUUUGUGGACCAAAUUGCUGCAGGCAAGCCAUUGACUGUGGAAGUGGUAGGAGUGGAGUACAUGAACGAUGACCCUGCCAUGACAGACAUCCUUUAUGCCAAAGUCCACAUGAAGGAUGGCUCGGACAGAUUGCAGGUGAUUGCUGAUCAACUGGUGGAGCGGUUUGUGGCCUCUGGCUUGAUGCUUAAAGAGUGGGAUAGGGUGAAACUGCAUGCUACAGUCAUGAACACUCUCUUCAGGAAAGAUCCAAAUGCUGAAGAGAGAAACAAUACAAUGACUGGUAAAUCAUCUUUCAAGGAGCGGGAGUCAUUUAAUGGCCGAAAUAUCCUCAAGGUCUUGGUGGUUUGUGGCAAAGCUUGUGGAUAUAUAUGACUCCAGAAUUAGCAAGCUGAAUGCAAAGGAUAAAGGAGUUAGUGCUUUGUUAAUGAUAACAGAUCAGCUGCACUCUCAAAAGACAGACGGUUGGGACUCUUAUGACCAUAUUUUCUGCCUCCUGAAGUCUGCAUGUUUUAUUCUUCUCAAGGGUAAAAAGCUUCCUUCCUUCUUCCUGAGGUGAAAGGGCCUCUGCUGCCACCUUUUAAAACCUGCCAGAGGUUGGAAGAAAACAAGAGGGGAAGGGCUGUUGCUUGUGUUACCUGGGUGGAAGGACUCAAUGCUGUAUUGGUGAUGGAGGCACUCCAGAGCCAGCUGAGCACUUGCAGAACAACACAAACGUUCUACAUACACCCACCAAGCUUUGUGGCUGAUGCAUGGAGGCCUUGGCACAGGCAGUGUGCCCAUGGUGACAGACCAGAUGACAAUCACCUUCUCUCUGCCCUUCUAGCCCUCUCUUCCACCCUUGCCCUGACACUCUGCAUGACAUCUUAAUCCUGUAACACCUAUGCAUUAGUGGAAAGUGUUCGAUGCCCAGCCAGUGGUCCUUUAAAAAGCCAUGAAGAGGAAGCAGUUGCUUCUGGAGAGGGGGGCGGAACACUGGAAAGAGCCACCUUUCUGGAUGAGUGCCUGUCUGCCUGCUUUUCCUACACUUCUCAUGCAUUAUAGCUGGCAAGCUUCCAAGCACAAUUAAACCUCUGACAGAUAAUCAUUGAUGGAGUGGUGUCCCUAGUGAAUAAUACAGGAAUCAGGUAUUUCUUUUCUGGCACCAAACUGCUUCAGAAAAAAUAUUUUGGAAGUAGAAAAUAGAAGGGAAAAACCUAUUAAUUGAACAAACUUCCCAGAUCUUGACACACUGCCCAGUUGUGUCUCAUCUUCUGGGAGCCACCAGGGGAUUUGGUUUGGGGAUUUUCUGUCAUAGUUUGGGUGUGUUUAGAUAGUAAAUGGAAAAGGUUUUGGUGCAUUUCUCAGGAUAAGGAAGAAAGAGCUCUGCCAGCGUAUACUGCAGCCUUGGAACUGGAACAGCUUCUGACGUUUCUUGCUAUGGAGGUAACAGAACUCUCUAGACCACUGGGGUGGUCAACAGGGAGGUGUUGGGAGCAUAAAUCUAUAAAGCCAAAAUGGGGCACAGGCAGGCCUGCCCUUGAGGUCCCUCUUGCCAACAGCUUUCCAUUGCUGAACUGUGUUCACGGGUCAGCCUGCCAAGGAGGAACAGAGGUGCUGCUCAGACUAGAGACGCCCUGACAGGUCUAUGUGGGAGGUCACAGGAGUGAGGCACCUUAACCAGGCAGGUGGGAUCCCAAAAGCAGGAUUGGAGGCUGUGGUUCAUGCAGGAAAGGAGGUUAGUCAGAAUGGCUCCAAUGGAUAGGUUGCUGAAGUUCAGUGGAAUCUUCUUAGAGUCCAUCAGUGUUUCUGAGUGUUACUUCGACAUUUCUGUAUCUUUUUAUUAUUAUUUUUUAAUCCAUCCAUAUUUUUUUUCCAUCAGUAACCUUUUCUCUAUCAGUCUUUUUUUGCUUAAUGCUGGUAUCGGCUUUGUAACACAGCAGUUUAUCAGCGCCUUCACUGCUGUAACUCGUGAGUAUCACAGUUGUGCUUUAGCCAGAUGAUUUAGAAGAGCAGUUGUUUUCUGCGCUUCUGCAGUGUUUUCCAUCCCAAGCUGUGGAUGUGUUAUACAAGCAUUAAUUCAAAUAUGUCAUUCCUUAUGAGUUGAAAAAAUAGUCUGAUGUUUGUUUGGAGAAGUCACAGCGCAUGGUCUGAUCCUGUCUGAGUCCCUCCCUUCCCAUGUAGUGUAAGAUAGUGCAAGAAGGGUUUGGGGUGUUGGGGUCAUGCUCUGCUGUGAGUACCAUCAGGAAUAUCCAGGGGAAGGUGUGGAGAGUCUGAAAACAGAGGUUUCAUUGCUCCAUGUUGACGCUCUUCAGAAACAAUGCUUAAUU